UGUCAUUCAGUCUGAGUGGACAUGACGGGGAAGACACUACAGGAUCUGGAAAACACGAAUUAAACGUCUCGAGAAGUACGGAAAACUACUUUUAAAGUUACUCGUGUGAUGGUUUAACCGUAGUUUGGCAUGUGUUAGUAUCUUACCGGAGAAGCAGCAACUUUGGCAGUACGUCUUUCCUCACUGCGAUAGGAAUUGCAGCCGGCCACGGAGGAUGUCCGCCCCGAGCAACUCUCUUCAGCAGCCGAGGGUGAGACGCAGCAAUGCGGGCUCCCCCGGCUCCUUCAACGGCAACGGCAGCGGCUGCCGUCUGCACCCCAUCCGUGCCACCGUGCCCUUCCAGCUCCUGCGUGGGGGUCCGGGCAGCCCGACGCGGGCACAGACCCCCUACGGUGGAGCCACGAAUAGCCGAGGCUCAAGCCCACCAUCCAGCCCGUCGCUCAGUUCAGGAAGUGCAAACGUGAAGCAAAGACUGUCCCCCGAAAAUAAGGACUCCUCCUGUACCACCGACUCUCCGGCUUCCAGAGUGGAAAGGUCCAAGUUACAGGUUCGGAGCUCCAGUGCCAUCCGACGGACAUCUUCCCUGGACGCAAUCACUGGACCAUACCUCACCGGCCAGUGGCCUCGGGACUCCCAUGGACCCUACCCUUCCUGUAUGAAAGACAAAGCCACACAGACUCCGGGUCUCUGGAUUGAUGAGGGAGCAGAACAGGGAAGUCCUCACCAGCGGUCGGCCUCCUGGGGCAGUGCGGACCACCUCAAAGAGCAGAUUGCUAAACUGAGACUGCAGCUGCAGCGCAGCAAGCAGGUCAUCCGGCAUAACAAAGACCGGGAGCAGAGCAUGCCUGCGUUCCAGCCCCAGUACAAGGGAACUUCAUCCGCCCUGUCAACAAUCCCUCUGCCAAAACCCUUCAUAUGCAAGGUGCCGAGCAGCGUGGAGGGCAUCAGCCAUGAGCUGGAGAGCGUGUUUAUCAGAGAGAACUGGGAUCACGGGAUACAGGCCAUGGACGUGGUGGACGGCCGCCGCGCCCCCUUUCCUCUGCAUCGCAACAGUCGCAGUGGGGACACGCGUGACACGGACACACAGGCCCCCUCAAGUGGCAGCUCCAGCCCGUCUCCCCGCCCCUCCAGCUCUGACCACGCCCACUCCCCCGAUGGAAGCCCAUGCUCUGCAGAGGAAAUUGACAAAGAUAGCGUGUGCAGUUCUCCUCUCCCUAAGUUUGCCACAUCUCCCAAACCGAACAACAGCUACAUGUUCAAACGGGAGCCUCCAGAGGGCUGUGAGCGAGUCAAAGUGUUUGAGGAGCUGGUGUCUGGCAGAUCAAAAGGCUUCCCCCUCUUCUCGUGCCCCGACAAAAACAAGGUGAACUUCAUUCCCAGAGGCUCCGCCUUCUGCCCCGUCAAACUCCUCUGCUCCUCCCUGUUCUCCCCCAUCUCUCCCUCGUCCUGCUCCCCCACCAACCACCACGGCAUUGACGGCCCGGGGCCUCAGGUGACCCCAACUCUGCACGCUGCACCACUAGCCAGCUUUCCGGCACCCACCGACUGGAGCGCUGUCACGAGCGCCAACGCAGACGGCCAGAGCGCCGACAUAGAAGCGGGGAAAGACGACUCGGCACAGGUUCUCCUCACCAGCUAGUCCUCAGGUAUUCACAAGCAGACCCACCUGCAGCUGAAGCAUCACAGCAAGUCAGGUGGUUUUGGCUUUAAAGCACAAAAGAAAAAAAGAAAAAAAAUCCUUGCACAAGCCAGCAGGGGGUGCUCACGGUGCAGGAAUGACAGAACGCAACGUCGGAUGAUGGUACCAGCGUCCCGGUGCACAAGCUUGAUGGUGGAUGUUGAACCCCGUCUCUUCACCCAUCGCUAACCUAGCCUUCUUUCCUUCCUCGUGUACCGUGACGACACCAAUAGCAAAAACAGCUUUGCUUCAGUUCGCAAAGAUAAAAUCGAGACUGCUCAAAUAAUCUUGCGUGAAAUCCAAAAAGUCUUUCACCAGAGACAGCUGUGAGGUAUCAAGCAUCUACUGCUGGUGUUAUCUAACCAGCGUAUUAGCUGUUCAGUGUGCUAACAUCUAAACUACAUAUACAUAAGCUUUUUUUGACAGCAUGGGACAUUCCCGAUUCAUGUAUCAGGGUCGGAAUGCAUUACACCCACGUUAACCACAAUGUUUGCACUUGUUACGACGUGGCUCAGAAUGAUACAGGCCAUGGCCUCUUUUGUUCUGUUUAUUUCAAAGUAUUUUGUAGCACGUUGUCUUUGUGAAACCAGCAGUUGCUUGAGUGCUUCACCCAACGGGCUCACAAGCACAGACCUAGAUCUGCUUUUCCAGUCCCAUCACUAUUUGCUCAUCACAAAAAGCAAAUGUCAGCAUUUUUUUUUUUUUUUUCAGUGACCAAAUAACCAAUUAAAAAGCACACAACCCCCCCAGUUGCCUUGAUGUAAUGCCCCACACUACACAGAGCAACAACUCAGGUCUUGUGGAAUGUACUUGCUUGGACUAUGUGGCCUUUCCCGAGUGUUUCUGAAUUUAUUCUACUGAAGGACUUUCCCGUCUACUGUGGGAAUUGAAAAUAUAUUGUUAUUACGGAGCGAAUCGACCCAUCGUUGACACGCCUCGUGGCCUUUUGCGUUAACCUGUUCAGGUUAGAGUUUCAGGUGCUAUGAAGCAUUCCAGAGAUCACUGUUGCAUCCAUGAACCGUGAGUAGCGGAGCAAGCUACAUGAGGUACACCUUCUCGAAUUGAGACUUUGACAGAUGUCCCCUUCCCCUCGACCCUUUUUAUUAAAUAUGUACCAAAGCAGAUUGGGAAACCUUGUGAGGCCAGUCACGUGUUUCGGACACAAGCAGCCCCACUUUUUGCCAGAAGCAGAAUGUUAUGUGCAUUUUGUUUAGUCUAUAAACAGUUCAGCGCCAUAUACUUUGGUUCAUAGUGUUUAAAACACGGCGAUAAUCGUUGAACCAAAACUAAGCACUUACUUGGAAGUGAGAUGAUAAUCACUUUUUAAAGUUUUAUUUUAGACCAAUUUUUGUAAGUUAACACAAUCAGAAUUUAAGUGUGCAAUUGAUUUUUGUUUGAGGUAAAGCUACACUAACAACUUUUGUGUAUCAGUUUUGUUCAAUAUACAGAUCCAAGAAGUUACCUGCACAAGUUAUAUCACGGGAACAUAUGACUAUACAUGACUUAUUUCGAGCAUGUUGAAAUUAUAAGAUGAUCUAGUAAAGGUUUCAUUCCAGAUCGUUUGUCUGUACGGCCACGACGACACAGACGAUAAGAACCACAUGCAACACAUUCCACACUGACAAAGUUCCAAUCCUACUAAUUUCUAUUCACAAGCUCAUUGUGCAGUAAAGAAAUGGUUGUCAUGUUUGGCAAUGAUUAUUCAGUUCUGUCUAUUACGCAAUUUUAUGUAGAUCUUGUGUUGUUUUUUUCUUUUUCAAUAAAGAAAACAAGAAAAGUC